AUGCCCAAUCGAAUGACUCAUCAUAUUACUUCACCGUACCAGCAAGAGCAAUGCCCCGUGCGCAACAGCCGAGUGAUCCGUGACUCCAAGGAUGAACCCAAAUCGAAACGGACCAAAUCGGGGCCUUCUCUUCUUCGACAAGAAACUCAAAGGGAAACCGGGUUGCUGGAGGAAAAGGAAAAGCAUAGGAUGAAAGCACUUUGCUUGCCGCUCUUGACCGGUUCAAAGGGCAGGCUGAAGGAUGCGUGUGUCGAGGGACCUUCAAGCAACCGCGUGGGUGCAAAGCCCAAAGAAACGGGUGAGGAUGGCGAGCAGGCUGCACUUGAGGUUGAUAAUGAUACUAGUUGGAUGAGCCAUCGACUGGAGUUCCCUAAGGACGACGAGGCUGGGGCGCAUCGUGCUGAACAUGAUUACGAGGUCAUCGAUCCUCGAGCCAAGGCGCGAGAAAUACGCGAGGAGGAACAGGAACGAAAGAGGUCACGACGGUAUUCACCCAAUACCAGUAAGAUUCUUGCAGGCUUAAAAAUCACCCUGGCAAGAGUCGGCCUCUGCCAAUUGUCUCGCCAACCCUCGGCUCCCCAGCCAACGGGCUCCCCAACAUCGCAGUUUGCACAGGGAAUCAGUGUCAAGCCCUUGAAGCGUUUGGCGGGUCCGUACCGAUGGAUGACUUUGUUGGGCCGGGAGGGAUUUCGCUGGCUUGAGGCUGAUUUUGUGUGGGCGAUACGUUGGCACUCGCUCCUGGAGCCGGAGCAGGUGAGAUUUGUUCUGCAAGAUUCGUCGGGGGAGGGAAGAAUUGGCCCCGACCCAAUCUUCCCGUACUCAUCGGUAUGCUGGGUCGGCGCCGGAUAUGUGUGGUGGGUGCUGUACCGCAGGGUGCAGUGGAAGUGGAACAUGUUGAGCCGACGAUUGUCUCUGAGCUCGGGAGAUGUUCCAGAACGCUGUCCACCAUCUGCAAAAAGCACAUACUGGCUGGGAUUAAGCGAAUGCGCACAUCUCGGACUGGGUUGA